AAGUUUCAAGUGGUUUCAGAUUAUACUGUUGAAUAUUCAAAAUGGGUCGCGAUGAGAUGGAUGAUAGGAAAAGAGCGCUGAUUUUCGGGAAAUUUAAGUUUCUAUAUCAGGAUGAAACAGAAGAGCUGGAAAGCUUGGACAAAUUUCAACUCGCCAUCAUUCAGAACAAACUUUUAGGCCCUGUACAGUAUAAAAAUAAGGAUGGUAAGAGUGAGGAGAUACUAGAGAUCUAUGGACAGGAGAAGAAACCUGGAGACGGGUUCUCAGAUCCUCCAAUAACUAUUCCAGGCGUCUUGGAUCUGUUCACAGUUGUUUGGAGUAAUCCAUAUGGAGAUAUAACUGUGGAUCAGGAUAUAAAACUGUUUGAGUUUACUGAUAUCCAGAAGUACUCGACUUACAAUGAUGGGCCCAAAGCUAAAGGAUUCUGUCAGUUUCACUCCAGCAGUUCUAGCAAGGACUUGGAUGGGUUUGAUUCUUCGAUUUUCUGGUCUGCAGGUCUCCUGUACAAGCACUUUCGUACAUGUGGAGUAGAGCAGUGGGAUAUUGAGUUUAAGGAACUGUAUACACACUACAGGAACUGGAAAGAGUGGCAUCAUGAAGUUCACAACUUGCCGAACAAAAACAAUGAUAAGUCUGGUAAGUUCAGCAACAACAAGUUUAGUGGACCUGAGUUCAUUUCUUCGAACUACACUAGAUCCAGGGACAGGCCUAGGAGCAAGAAGAAUAAUAGUUCACCUGCCAGGUCAUCUCUAGUCAAUGAUCCCACCAAACCACAGAAACAUUAUCCAAAGACAAGUCCCUCUGCUCCUUUACCCACCACUCCAAUGUCAGUUCCGCCGCCUGUUUUGCCAUACACUCCUAUGACUACUCCACCCCCAGUUCUAGCUAUUCCACCUCCAGGUCAAACUCUGACAUUACCGAUGAUGGGACCCAAUGGAACAACUAUACAGGUCCAGUUGAUGAGUCUCCCCAGUGUUGCACCCCCUACACCUCAGACACCAGAGCCAACACCUAGAUUUAACUACAUCAAUCCUAACUUCUCAGCGGGUGCUCCACCUCAGGAUGCAAAAUGGUCUUCUGCUGUUGACAAUUUUCUUCAUCCUAAGGCCUCAACUGAUAGUUCUACCAGUGUUAAGAAUAGGACAAGUUCCAGAGAGCUUGUUCCUUGCCAUACUUCAAGUCCAAAGAAGAAGUCUAGGAGUGAAGAAAGAGCGGAUAUGCUAGCUGAUCUCAAAGCCAUUCAGAAGAAAAGGAAAGCAGAAGAAACUAAGGGUCGGAACAGUAAGAAGUUUAAACCUAAGACUCAGAUUAUGGCACCCAGCACAGCAGGUUCUGGAUCCACAGAGGAAGAUGUAAAUACUCUUGAUCUUCUCCCAGAGGAUAAACUGUAUAUAGGGGUAAUCAAGGACUGGAGGGGUAAGUUUGGAUUCCUGAAGUGUAGUGAUAUUCAGGGUAAAAUAUUCCUUCAUAGUAAGGACAUCAAGUCUGGUUUGGAGUUGGUAGGAGAGGCACAGAAAGCAACCUUCCAGGUUCUUCACUACGAGAAAAGUGCUGUAGGGGCCAAGGCUGUUAAUGUGAUAAUUCUUGGAAAAUAGCUCUCUUCCACCAUUUAAAAGUCGAAUUGUGUUUUUUUUAUUGCCCUUAUAUUACCAUGUUGAUUUCUCAAAAUAGCCGAUUGCUCAAAAAUGCCAAAUCAUUCUGUAUCGGCCAUACUAUGAUUGAUUAAGAUUCAAAUAUCUCUGAUGUACUUUCAAUUGAAAAACAUGGAAACUUCUUAUAAAAGUUAAUUACCUAAUUCGUAAGUUGUAUUCAGGCACAUUCCCAGUUAAAUAAUCCAACCAAAUGUGAUAAAUUACUUGUUAAAUUCUACUUCUUUCCU